GCCGAGUUUUUAUGGCACUAAAAUGGCACUGGAAUGCUGUGCAGCUCAAUGGAUUGUCUUGCCAUUCCGGUGUCAAAAGAUAUUUCUUUCACUCUUUUAAUGAUUCAUCAAGAAUAGUUCCCAUGCUGACCAGUUCUUUCUUCCUGUUUACUCUCGCUUUCCUUCCUAAGAAAUAUCUAUCUUGUUCCCACAAGAAGUGUUGUCACCUUAUUCGUACUAGCCAAGACGUGCGUCGAGUGAGAUUGCUUUCAAGAUGACCGACGGGCAAGUGCAAGAUGUGUACGAUGGCAUGGAUGGCUACAUUCGGGCCACUCACUGGUCAAAGCCAUAUUAUUCUAACCACUACCAUGAAAACCCUUCGUCGAAUCCCAAAAUGCUCGACCAUGUCAAUUGCAGUUACUUGUCUACCCCUGGCCGGCCACCAACUCUAGAAGCUCUAAAGCAGCACGCCCAGUCUCUAACUUACUUGAUAUCGACCAUUGCACCGACUACUAUAGGAGCUGAGGUCGACAACGAAAAUCUUCCUCAGCAAGAUGAACAGGGACGGAAGAUACAACGGGACACGUUUCCAAGACACCAAGCGUAUGACUGGCUGAACAACUUGCAGAUUCCGUAUGAUAACAUCGACAAGGCCCACCGAAUGCCACUGAAUAGUUUAGUCAACUUAGUGAAGCAGAAUAGCGAUGAGGAAGGCGUGAUAUUCCAUUGCCCCCUGACCGAGACUGAUCUCAAAAUGGUCGAAGAUGAUAUUACCCAGCUGGUUCGUCCCUUUCAAACUCACAUGACGUUGCUCAUGCACGCCAACGAGUGUCUCGAGAGACUCGACCACGAGUACUCGGCCAUGGGUGGGAUACUCGGAAUCCUUCCUACUGAUAAAGACGAAGUAACCCCUCACCCAGAGCUAGAGGACGUAAAAUCAACCUUGGUCGGGCAGUGGCUCUUGCACACCCAACAACUCAUGUGCCGCAUGCACGAACUUGAGAUUGCUUACGCCAAUGCAAUGGAUCUUCUUGCGAGCGAGGCUAUCGUUCCGGCGCAACACUUGAGCGUACAAGGCCCAGACGGACGGUCUGGGAGAGAGAUCGUGUUCCCGCAAGAUCGCUGGAUAUUGGCCAACGCCGGAGAGGAUGUUUUUACUUUUAUCCAUCAGAUGCUCGACAAGAGCGAAGCAAAGGGCGUUUCACGAGAUCGUCAGUGGUCUCGUCGGAACGUGGUUGGAGAAGCACUACGGGAUCGAAACGACGAGGGAGAGGACUACCUCCGAGGUAUCGCCCACGUCGACCUCGAGACUAGAUUUUACAGAUUAAGAGGUAGCGGCCGCGGUCCCAUAUUCGUCCUCCCGGCUUUCUCGGACCGCCCCAACACGUCGUACACCAAAGAGAUAGAAAAUCGGCCGACGGUAGUUACAAUCCCAGCACCGUCAAACCCAGACCGGACUUCGGCCUGGGAUAAGAGGCACAGGGACAUGGAAAAGAAGAUCAAAGAGCUGGGGAUUGAGGUCAACCGUCUAACCGUUAACAAAGCCGAUCUCGAAAGCGCCACUAAGAUACAAGAAGAUCAAAUAGGGAGGCUGAACCAUCUCAACAGGAUCUACGAGGAGGCUCAAGGCGAGGACUCGGUCAAGACGUCGGAGAGGAUAGCAGCGAUCGAGAAGGAAAGAGACGCCCUCCGAGCCAAGUUCGAAGAGGGCGCCGCAGAACGCAACAACCUGAAGGCGGAGUUAGCCGCGUACAAACGGGGACGACAACAGGCGCAGGUCAAAAUUCCCACAGGGGUUACCGAAACCGACAACGGCUACCUUAUAGCCCACUCUCUGCUCGAGCAGUACGAAGAACGCACGACGGUGAUGAGUAACGCGAAGGCAGGGGUCGAGCGGGUCAGAAGUGUACUGGAGCAGCUUGCCCAGGACGGGCAGAUAAGCCGUGAAGAGUUUGGCUGGAUGGAACAGAUUGCCCUGUGCAGCUGAUCCCGGAUCCGAACCAGCUCUACGGGAUGGAGGGAUAGAUUGCGAACAUUCAGUCACGACAUUUCCGGUUGUUAAGUCUAAGAUCGAUUUGAGAUUAGGGCACCUUUUCCUCGGGUUAGAAGAGAGAUAAUAUUAAAUGGACUUCAUUCCAUCACUCUCACUAAUAAGAGGUACCUAAUGUACCUAACUAUGUAAUAUAACUUGAGUAUGAGUUCGACCAAUAGUUUUAUUGUGGUAACACCUCGUAAGUAUUGGUGUACCUAGUAUUGAUUUGUGAAUUACGCGUCCUCCUGAUCUCCCAAGAGUCAAGCUUCGUCAAGUGAUGGCUGUGUCUUUGAGACUUCACGGAAGUUCCCGUCAUAUUGUUUUUUUUUAGGGACGUUGCCCUGCCAACCAAUUUUCAACCCCUCCAAACAAGAACUGCCCUGAGAUACGUAGUUGGCCAAGAAGAGUCGGAAAAUUAGAGAAAAAAGGCGAUAGGAAAACCUGUUAU